AUGCUCUCCUCGUGGUUCCGCGGCGGCGGCGCGCGGCGCGCCUUCGCGACGCACAGCGGCGCGGACGACGCCGCCGUCGCCCAGUUCCGGCUCAAGUACGCCGUCACGGCGCUGCGGGAGCGAGUGGUCACGGAAUUCCAAACCUUGGAGGUCUACGCGACUUCUGACGUGGGCAACCUGCUCGUCAUCGACGGCGAUGCGCAGUUGAGCGAGGCCGACGAGGCGCACUACCACGAGAUGCUGGCCCACGUCGCCGUCGCGGCCGCGGCGUCGCGCGCGCCGGACGCCGAGCUCGACGCGCUCGUCGUCGGCGGCGGCGACCUCGGCUGCGCGCGCGAGCUGCUGCGCCACGAUCGCGUUUCGAGCGUCACCGUCGUCGACAUCGAUGCGCAGGUCGGCGCGAUCUGCGACCGCUGGUUCGCGACGCUCGGCCCGAAAGCCGUGCGAGGCGACGGCCGCCUCGAGGUCGUCGUCGGCGACGGAUGCCGCUGGCUCGAAGCGGCCGGGGCGCGGCGCUUCGACGUCAUCAUCGUCGACGCCACGGACCAGGACGACGGCGAGGCGACGACCGCGAGCCACCCGCUCUACACGCGGCGCUUCAACGAGCUCGGACGCGACGCGCUGACCAACGACGGCGUCUUCGUCCGCAACUUCACGUCGCUCGCGCCCUACCCGCUGGACCACGCGCGGCGCAACGCCGCGGCCGUCUGCGACGCCUUCGACAAGGUCCGGCCCUUUUGCUGGUUCCAGCCCUGCUUCAGGUCCGGCCACUACUCCGCCCUCCUCUGCGCGCGGCGCUGGGGCGACGUCGUCGAGGACACGCGCUGGGCCGCGCCGCCGGGCGCCUGCGCCUACUACUCGCCGGAGGUCGCCAAGGCCGCAUUCGUGCUGCCGCCGGGCGUCCGCGCGAGGCUCGGCGCGCUCGAGCCGCGCAUCGAAGGCGCGCUGCCGCUGCGCGCGUCCAUCGUCGCGCCGGGCGACGUCCGGCCCGAGCUGCUGCGGGCGGCGUCGGCGGCGGGGUAA